AUGGGCGAUGAAAGAUCCUGGGGCGAGUUUGAAGAUCCUCGCUCCUAUUUCAGAUCUCUGAAGAACAGCCUUGCGUCAGGGUAUUCCUUCAAGCCCAGAUCCUUCAAGGAGGAGGACAGGGAUAGGAUCGAGGGAGGUCGCAAUUUUAAGCGCACCCUCACGUCCCUGCAGCUCAUCUGCCUGGGCAUAGGCAAUGUUGUUGGUGCGGGGAUUUCCGUGACCACUGGGAGAGUAGCACACAGUCAGGCAGGGCCGGCAGUGAUCAUCAGCUUUGCCAUUGCAGCCAUUUCAGCACUGCUGUCCGCUCUCUGCUAUGCGGAGUUUGCAACUGAGGUCCCGGUCACAGGAGGCGCUUUCAGCUACACUACCCUCACUUUCGGCCCCUUGAUCGGAUGGGUGGUGGGUACAAAUCUGAUCAUCCCGCACAUUGUGGGCAAUGCCGGGGUGCUCAGGAAUUUCAGCGCCUACCUGUCACAGCUCCUCAACGUGGACUCAAAGACAGACCUCCAGGUCCACACAUCAGGCGGCCUGGACCUGGAUUUCUUGGCAUUUGGGCUGUCGCUGGGUCUUACUCUGCUGCUCAUCCUUGGGACUCAUGAGAGUUCCCUGUUCAAUCUCGUUGUGACGGUUGCGCACGUCGCAGUAAUUGUUUUCGUGAUCGUUGUGGGCUUGACGCAAGCGAAGGCUGCCAACAUGCAGCCUUUCGCGCCGUUCGGGGUGAGAGGGAUAUUUGAUGGGGCGACUGCGGCGUUCUUUGCAUACAUUGGCGCUGAUGCACUUGCAAAUACUGCAGAAGAGGUGGUGAACCCCAAGAAGGACCUGCCGAUUGGACUACUUGGAUCUCUGGGAGUGGUGACCCUCCUAUACAUGCUCAUGAGUGCGACCAUUGUGCUCAUGGUGCCCUAUGUGGACAUCAGCCCCAAGGCAGCCUUUGCAGCCGCCUUCCAGAGCACCGGGCUGCCGUGGGCGCGGUACAUAGUGGCGGUGGGUGCGCUGGCCGGCAUCCUGACAGGGCCCCUGGUGGGUUUCUAUGCGGGGGCACGCAUCAUUUGCAUACUUGGACGCCAACAUCUCAUUCCCCCGGUCUUUGCGCGCAUCAACCCUCGCUUCGGUACCCCCGUCAUUGCCACCGCAGUUCAGGGGAUUGCAGUCUCCGUGAUCACGCUGUUCACCCCGUUUGAGUACCUGUCGGACAUGACGUCCAUCUCCAGCCUGUUUGGCUUCUUUGUGGUUGCCCUGGCGCUGCUGUGGCGGCGAUACUAUGGAGUGGCUGGGCGCGCCAAGGGGGCCAACCCCUGGCUCCCCGGCCUACUGCUUGCCUGGCUUGCCGUCAGCGGGAUCGGGCUGAGCGUGUACUACCAGUCGAGCGACGGUUGGGGCGGCCUGGCCGGCUUUGGCGCCAGCGCAGUAGCGGCCACCGCGUCGCUGCAAGCAUUCGCGCGGCAGACGCACCUGCCCGGGCCGGGCAGCUUUGCCGUGCCCGCCUGGCCAUGGGUGCCCGCAGCUUCCCUGGUGCUCAAUACCUUCCUGUUGGGCUCUAUCAGCGCCGCGGCCUGGGCCAGGUUUGGAGUGUGGCUGGCGGGGACUCUGGUGGUCUACUUUGUGUACAGCCUGCCUGCCUCCUACGCGCACCACACCUCCAGGUAG